UUGAAUCAUUUUAUAAUGCUUUAAAGCAGUUUUCAGAUAACCUUGAUGGGACAAGAAACUAUGAUGAGUUUUUUGAGAAGGUUAAUAAUUUCAUUUCUGAACAGAGAAUAACAACAGAUAUAAAAUAUAAUGAGCUUGUGCAUGUGCUUGAGAAAUAUAAGGAAUUAAUUAUGAGUAUCUUUGACACAGAUUCAACGAUGAAUUCAUCACCAUGGUCAAUCCCCAUGAGACAAUUGAAGGAAUCUGUGCAAGAUGAGCUGCAAUGGUACAGGACUCUUAAUAACUUCAUCAGUGGACUAUCAAGCUAUAAGAUACAAAGGAACAAGACAGAGAUUCACUCGAAACUUUUCCACGACGGUUCUAUAUUGACAGAUGAGUUGAUGGAUCUAUUUGUGGACGUCACUGGAGCAACAAAUUUGAACCAAUUCAUUGACGCACGAGGAAACAUCAGAAAAACGCUGGAGCUUGAAAGUGUGACAAAUACAUUACUGAAACCAAGUAAUAUCACUUGUGAUGAAGAUGGGAGACUCUUAGUUGAAGGAUUUCAAAUUUGUCUUGCAGAAAUAAAUUCAAAACAUUUGAUUGAAUCCCACUGUAACAACAUCACUGUGAAAGAAGUUGCUCUCCUAGCUGUUGAUGCAGUUUACUUGGAUGAGGACACGGUGGAUAUCUUCAGAGGAGUGGAUAUGUUUGUGGUGGCACCUAAAUGGGAAGUGAUUGGACAAAGGAGGAUAGUGCUGAGUGGUCAGAACGGAGGAGCUCACCAUUCUGGUGACGUCGAUAAUGGCACAGAUGGGAGACCAGGUCUGCCAGGGGGUAAUAGCACAGAUGGGAGACCAGGUCUGCCAGGGGGUAAUGGCACAGAUGGGAGACCAGGUCUGCCAGGGGGUAAUGGAGGCAACUUUUUUGGAAUUGGUUUGCAGUUUGUGAAUGGCAAAAAUCUGCUGAUUGAGUCGAAUGGUGGGAGAGGGGGGCAGGGAACAGAUGGAGCAAAAGGAAUGAGAGGUCCGGCGGGAAGAGAUGCAGCUGAAAAAUUGAAAUCGGGACUCUACAGUCAAAGUUAUAAGUUUGAUAGAGGAGUAGAAACAUCAAAUAUCAAUAAAUGCCUGGCUCCAAAUGCUGUUGAAAGGAUUUUCAGAUUAUAUCCUCAAUCUACUAAGCAACCCAACAAGUGUGAGAAUGUUGAUGCAGGAGUCAGAGUGAUCAUAGAAGAAGGUGACUGUGGUGGUGAAGGGGGAGCUGGAGGUUUUGGCGGAGAAGCAGGAAUCGGAGGCUACCCGGGAGACCAAAAGCUGAUUCAGUUGGGAGACUCAUCUGAAAUUCAAAUGCAAAAUCAAAAUGGAAGGUCUGGUACUCGUGGCAAGAAGGGAAAAACUGGAGAGCGAGGGAUGGAUGGCAUUGGGAUGAUUUGUGUUCAAGUAACACGGGUCGGUCAUAGUAGAUCGUACAUGAAGUGUGAAUCAACAAACACUACAUCAUCAGCAUGCAACUCUUGUGAUAAUCCGGUUGAGUCCCAGUACACAACAACAGGUAUGGAGAAACCAGCGCCCAAGAAAUCUCCUGAUUUCUCCAACUAUUUACUUGACUACACAGUUCUGUUAGAAUCGCAUUCAAAUCACACAAUUUUCAACCAAAUUAUAACGAGUUUUAGAGAAGCCAUUCAAAGGAAAUACUCGUAUCCUUUGAACCACUUAGGAUCAUUGUUCUUUGAGGAGACAACACAGCAGGAAACCUUUGAACAAUCCGAUCGUUUUGAUUGAGUUGAAUACAUCGAUAAUUUCAAUGUGAUAAGUCGCUA